AUGAAUCAGAAGGAAGUUGCUCUAGUGACCGAAGAGGUGAAGAGAAUGCUAGUGAAGGGAGCCAUUCAGUCCAUAUGUCAUGUAAAAGGGGAGUUUUUGAGCAAUGUAUUCUUAGUUCCCAAGAAGGAUGGGGGGAACAGACCUGUGAUAAAUUUGAAACAUCUGAACAAGUUUGUACCUUACCAUCAUUUCAAAAUGGAGGGACUUCAUCUGAUACAGGAAAUGAUACAGGAAGGGGAUUGUAUGUGCAAAAUAGACCUGAAAGAUGCUUAUUUUUGUGUCCCACUUCAUCAGAGGUCAAGAAAAUAUGUACGGUUCCAGUGGCAGGGAAACCUCUACGAAUUCCUCUGCAUGUGUUUCGAACUGGGGCCUGCUCCACGGAUAUUCACCAAAUUGAUGAAAAUUCCAAUUUCAAUUUUACGAAAAAUCAAUGUUGAAGUAAUCAUUUAUUUAGACGACAUGUUGCUUUUAAGCCAGUCUAUUCUGGAGCCAGUUCAAACAAUAAAUUUCCUGGGUGUAGAGAUAAAUUCAGUGAACAUGAGCAUGAACGUGCCACAAGAAAAAGUGAAAAGAAUAGAGGAGAAAUGCAAAGAGGUACUAACAAAACCCUCAAUGGUUGUGUGGGAACUGAGCAGUCUGGUGGGCAAACUAUCCUCAACCUCCCCAGCGGUCAUUCCAGCAAACUUACAGCAAAAGUGUUUGAUAAAAGCUUUACAAUUAAAUAAAAGUUACAAUGCAGUUGUUCAUUUAGACCCACAGGCUCUAUGGGAAAUCCGGUGGUGGAUGAACAAUUUGACACUGACCCAAGGAAGAUCAUUAUUAAAAUCCCUCCAGGGGGGUAAUAAUCCAAACAGAUGCAUCCAAACUAGGUUGGGGAGCAGUUUGUCAGUGAAGGAAUAUAGGAGGACAAUGGUCUCUGCAAGAAUCCAACCUUCACAUUAA